UUGAGCGUGUGGCGGGCAGGAAGCCCAGAUUUCCGGCGGCCCCUGAAGGCGUCACAGCUCCCAUCCCUCCGCAGGUUUACCGGAGCGACGGGGCCGAGCAGCGCCGAGAACCGGCCCUAGAACCGCCGAGCAAGGAGGGAACAAGCCCCGCGGGUCUCCGGAUGAUGAACGAGGACAUGAGGGUCGUCCUGGCCGUCCUGCUGCUCACCGCCGCGGCCGGCGUCGUCGUCGUGGACGGUUCCAUCUGCACCCCAGCCCCCUCAGCGUUGCCUGGCGACGGCUCGCUAUCGGCGGUGAUCGAUAGGCGGCGGGCCGAGCAGAGCCAGAGGCAGCACCUGGAGGCGCUCUUCAACCGGUACGGGGAGAACGGAACCAUCUCCCUGGCGGGUCUGAGGCGUCUCCUGGAGAGCGUCGGGCUGGACCGGGUCCGAACUGUCACGGUGCAGCACCACCAGGUGCCGGACCACCAUGACCACGACCACGACGGCCACGACCACCACGACCAUGACGACCACCACCACCAGGACCGGGCUCAGCCCAGCUCGCUGCCGCAGCUCCUUGAGAAGUCGAGCGUGAAGCCGACGGCGGCGGCGGUGAUCCUCGGCGCCACGGCGGCUUACAGAACCCAGCUGACGCAGCGCAGACGGCCGGAUCAGGCCGGUUCUCCAGGAGUGGGAACCACAGCCGGGUCUGGGGUCGGAACCAUCUCAGGGGGCCGGAUGAAGAGAAGCGCGGCCAACCAGGAGGAUGGACACCACCAUGACCACGACCACGAUCACGCCCACAACCAUGAUCAUGAUCAUGAUCACGGCCACGAUCACGACCACGAUCAUGAUCAUGACCAUGAUCAUUCAGAGUGCCUGAACGCCUCCAGCAUCCUCUCCUCCCAUGGGAUGUCUCAGGAAGUGGGCGUCACCCUGGGAGACUUCAGGUACCUCUGCCCCGCCCUCCUCAACCAGAUCGACGGCGGCGCCUGCAUCCUGCACCGACGCGUCGCCGAACUCGAGGCUAAGCAUCACAAGCACGAUAACGAUCACCAUGGAGACCACAGCCACGGUGACCACAGUCACACCAAGAACAUGUCAAUAGAUUCAGCCAAACGGAACCAGAGUGACCACAGCGGAGAAAACAGCAGGAACAUCGCGAUCGCGUGGGUCGGCGGCUUCCUGUCCAUCACCAUCAUCAGCCUGCUGUCGCUGGCGGGCGUCGUCCUCAUCCCCCUCAUGAACCGGGUCUUCUUCAAGUUCCUGCUCAGCUUCCUGGUGGCGCUGGCGGUGGGAACCCUGAGCGGCGACGCCUUCCUGCACCUCAUCCCCCACUCCCAGGGAGGACACCACCACCACCACACCCACGAGGACCUGGACCUGGAGGGACACGGUCUCCACGAGGAGGAAGGGGAGAACCUGGACGCCGUGUGGAAGGGCCUGACGGCGCUGUCCGGCGUCUACUUCAUGUUCCUCAUCGAACACUUCCUGACGCUGGGGAAGAUGUACAAGGACAAGAAGCAGAAGAAAAAACAGGACCAGAACGACAGAGCGGAGUCGGAGAAGCAGCCGGCUCUGGAAGAGAACGACCUGAAGCCGAGUGAAGAUGUGGAAACGAACGGCGGCAGCACAUUUGCCGACCACUCUCACGGCGGCGGCGUGGCGGAGGAGGAGCAGGUGAUGCUGGCGCCGCAGGUGUCGGUGGUGUCGCCGCAGGGCUACCGGCGGGCGUCGGGCUCCGGCGCCGCCUACACCGCCGAGGACUGCGAGAACAAGUGCCACUCCCACUUCCAUGACACGGUGGGCCAGGCGGACAGCAUGCACCACCACCACCACGACUACCACCACAUCCUGCACCACCACCACUCCCAGAACCACCACCCCCACAGCCACGCCCACUCCUACUCCGAGCAGCACUUCCGGCAGGCCGGCGUGGCCACGCUGGCCUGGAUGGUCAUCAUGGGGGACGGCCUGCACAACUUCAGCGACGGCCUGGCCAUCGGCGCCGCCUUCACCGAAGGGCUGUCCAGCGGCCUCAGCACCUCCGUGGCCGUCUUCUGCCACGAGCUGCCGCACGAGCUGGGGGACUUUGCGGUGCUGCUGAAGGCGGGCAUGACGGUGCGCCAGGCCAUCCUCUACAACGCGCUGUCGGCCAUGAUGGCGUACCUGGGCCUGGUGACGGGGAUUCUGAUCGGACAGUACGCCGAGAACGUCUCCACCUGGAUCUUCGCCCUCACCGCCGGCCUCUUCAUGUACGUGGCGCUGGUGGACAUGGUGCCGGAGAUGCUCCACAACGACGCCGGCGACCACGGCUUCAGCCACUGCGGCUUCUUCCUCCUGCAGAACGCCGGCAUCCUGCUGGGCUUCUGCAUCAUGCUGCUCAUCGCGCUGUUCGAGCACCGGAUCCAGCUGAACCUGGGGUUCUGAGGGGGGCCCGGGUCGGGGGUCCAGGUCCCGGGUCGGGGACUCCCCCCCGCAUCGCCCGGGUCGGAGCUGCAUGCAUUCCUGCGUCUCUGUGUCAUCACGGUUCGAAAGACUUUGCUCUUAGUUUUCACGUCAUUGGCGAGGUAACCGUGGUAACCGCGGUAACCACGGUAACCUUGGUAACCGCGGGACACGACCUCGCCGCCCGUCUGCCGCCGUGGAAACAGACGACUCACAUUCACAGCUGUAGUUUUGGACUUCCUGUGGCGGAUCUUGGUCGGCGCCCGUGAGGACGUCAGGCCCGUGCUGGACCCGGGUGUCGGUGGAUCCUGGAUCCUCCGGAGCUCCUGGUUCUGUCAGAUUCUUGUUUCAGUCUUUUCCUCGUUUGUCUGGUUUUUACUUUGUUUUCUUCGUAGAUGAUGAGUUUUUGCUGCUUCACCGCGACGCCGAACCGGCCACCGGUUUAGACCCGUCUCGCCUGUAAACGCCUCUGAACCGGUCCUCCCUACGGCCACUAAAUGGGUCGUCCCCAAGGUCACCCGACGGG